UCUUAUACUUUAAGGUCUCCAAAUUUGUGUAAUCUAACAUUCAAAAGAUACAGACGGAUUCCUACUAUUUUACGCGCAAUUGAACACAAGUACAUGACACACAAAAAGUCACCAAGAAUUUAAACCGCCAAACUCUCUCGAUGGUUGCGGUCAAUGAAUAAAAUCUACGGCUACCUCAUGAAGUGCUUACAAGAAUCUACAUCAUAAUUCAAUAUCAUAAAGAAGCGUGAAUUAUACAUUACAACUUAAUUAGUGUUUGUGUGCUAUUAAUUAUAUCGGAUUUACAUUAUAUAUAUGUCACGACCUUAGCUAAUUGUCAAUUUGUCAUAUAGUAGUUAUCUAUUUUCCACCAAUGUCUCUAACUAGAAGACGACAUCAAAAUGCUGGUUCUCAAAGAGUCCAAUGGAGGGAAUUGUUGGAACGUGGCAUCCUUGAAAUGGGUUAGUAUAGUUACUCAACUUAAUUAAGCCGACCUAGUAGGAGUUUGGUCGAACCCACCUAGCUAGAUGCCUUUUUCAAUGUUGUAAGUAGCUCUCAAAGUGAUUUAAGCUUUGAUCUCGAAGAUUAAAGUUAGUGAUUGAUUAACAUUUUAUCAGUUAGAGUUCAAUUUUCAUAAACAAUUUGUCAAGUGCAGCGGGGCAGGUCGGUAGUCUCGUUCGUAAGAGAUGAACCAAUGCUCAUAUGUUGUCGAGAUUAUCCAGAGGAAAAAAAAAAAACAAAAGUGAUGAGGGAAUUCAGUCUUGACAUGGCAAGCCAUAUACUUACUAGUCACAUUGCUAGUAGUGGAAGUCAAAAUAAAAAACGCACGUCAACACUUAAAAGAAUAAGAUACGUCGUCCGAAGCGGAUCAAGUGUUCAAAACAAGCUGAUCUCCCACUAAUUUUGUGACAAACUAUAAGAUAUAUCCGAUAAAAUAAUGGACAUUUUAGUGAAUCACUCAUAAAUUAUAUACUACAAACAAGCGAUCCAUCACAAGUCAUAAGCCCGUUGUUUUUUUUUUUUUUUUUUUGAAAAAUCAUAAGCCCGUUGUUUUAGAAACAAAGGCGGUUCUUCUUUGAAGAAAUUGUUGAUAGUCAAGUCACCAAAUUUCUUUCGUCACCCUUUUUAGGACAGCAAUACAUACAAAAGACGGCACAUACAAAAGGCAUUUCCGUGCGAUUAUUCCCGGCAAACAAACAGACAACCAAGGGCAUAUUGGGGAAAGCAGCCAAAAGUCUUUUUCGCAUUUUCAAUUAGUUUUUGCGGGAAACUCCACUAACUAAAAAAAAAAAAAAAUUCAUAACCCAGCCAGCGCCAUCCAGGCCCAACCAGAGAAUCUAACCAUGGUUACCGCCUCGUUGUUAGGUGAGAGUGAGAGCGAGCGAGCCUGACCAAGACACCAGGUCGAGUUUGGUGAGCGUUGAGAAAUUUUAUUUAUUUAUUUCCCUUUUUCUUUUCUUCCACCUUCCUUCCUCCGCCAGUCCGCCUUAUUAAAAGCCCAACCUUUCACUCCCAAUCUCGGCAGGAAAGAAAUUUUUUUGGUACCAAACAAAACCGACUUGAACUAAUCAAAAGAUUUCUCUCCUCCCCUGAAUCGCCGGACACCAACUCCCACCCACCAAGCUUCAGCGAAUUCAGGAAUUAUCGGUAAUUAGAAUGGACUCGUCCUCGUCGUCGGGAUCUCAAUCGGCGAUCGAUCUGAUGGCGGCAAUUAUCCGGAAGAAGUUCGCCGACCCGUCCAACGCUUCGUCAGAGUCGGGAGGUGCGGCGGCGGAGGUGACCUCGCUGAUCCUCGACAAUAGGGAGUUCGUCAUGAUCCUGACGACUACGGUGGCCGUGCUGAUCGGUUGCGUGGUGGUGCUGGUGUGGAGAAGAUCCAGCUCCCCCAAGCAGAGCUACCAGCCGCCGACGCCGUUGGUUGUCAAGAAGAAGGAGGAGGAUGUGGUGGUUGAUGACGGGAAGAAGAAGAUCACUGUGUUUUACGGUACUCAGACUGGUACUGCUGAAGGAUUCGCCAAGGCUCUGGCCGAGGAGGCGAAGGCGCGGUAUGAGAAGGCUGUAUUCAAAGUUGUUGACAUGGAUGAUUAUGCCGGGGAUGACGAUGAGUACGAGGAGAAGUUCAAGAAAGAGUCCAUCGCUUUCUUCUUCCUCGCUACGUAUGGAGAUGGUGAGCCGACUGAUAAUGCAGCAAGGUUCUACAAGUGGUUUACUGAGGGUAAAGAGGCCAGAGGAGAAUGGCUCAAGAUGAAUUAUGGAGUGUUCGGUCUUGGCAAUAAGCAAUAUGAACACUUUAAUAAGAUUGCUAAGGAGGUGGAUGAUCUUCUGGCUGAACAAGGUGGCAAGCGCAUUGCUCCUGUGGGUCUAGGAGAUGAUGAUCAAUGCAUGGAAGACGACUUUUCUGCUUGGAAAGAGUUGGUAUGGCCAGAGCUCGAUGGUUUGCUUCUUGAUGAGGAUGAUCAAUCAUCUGCAACCACCCCGUAUACUGCUGCGGUGUUGGAAUACCGGGUUGUGUUCUAUGACUCCACUGAUGCACCAGUAGAAGACAAAAGCUGGAAUGGUGCCAAUGGCCACGCUGUCUAUGAUGCACAACAUCCAUGCAGGUCUAAUGUUGCUGUGAGGAAAGAGCUUCACACUCCUCUUUCUGACCGAUCUUGCACACAUUUGGAAUUCGACAUUGCUGGCACUGGACUCUCAUAUGAAACUGGGGAUCAUGUUGGUGUGUACUCUGAGAAUGUCGAGGAGGUUGUAGAAGAGGCACUGCAGUUGUUAGGUUUGUCCCCCGACACAUACUUCUCAGUCCAUUCCAAUAAAGAGGACGGGACACCACUCAGUGGAAGCUCAUUGCCAACACCAUUCCCACCGUGCACCUUGAGAACAGCUCUGACUCGAUAUGCCGAUCUUUUGAAUGCUCCCAAAAAGUCUGCUUUGCUUGCUUUAGCAGCUCAUGCUAAUGAUCCUACUGAAGCCGAUAGAUUGAGAUAUCUCGCGUCACCUGCUGGCAAGGAUGAAUAUGCAAAAUGGGUAGUUGCAGAACAGAGAAGUCUCCUUGAGGUCAUGGCUGCAUUUCCCUCUGCAAAGCCUCCACUCGGUGUUUUCUUUGCUGGAGUUGCUCCUCGCUUGCAGCCUCGAUUCUAUUCUAUCUCUUCAUCUCCUAGGAUGGCACCAUCUAGAAUCCACGUGACUUGUGCUCUGGUGCUUGAGAAAACUCCAGGAGGACGGCUUCACAAGGGAGUGUGCUCAACUUGGAUGAGGAAUGCUGCUCCUAUGGAGAAGAGCCAAGACUGCAGUUGGGCCCCCAUUUUCAUUCGGCAAUCGAAUUUCAGACUUCCUGCAGAUACCAAAGUUCCCAUCAUAAUGAUUGGUCCUGGGACUGGACUGGCUCCUUUCCGGGGCUUCCUGCAGGAAAGACUAGCACUCAAAGAAUCCGGAGCAGAACUUGGGACCUCUAUCUUCUUCUUUGGUUGCAGAAACCGUAAGACGGAUUUCAUAUACGAGAAUGAACUCAACAAUUUCGUCGAAACCGGUGCACUCUCUGAGCUGAACGUUGCCUUCUCGAGGGAAGGAUCUACCAAAGAGUAUGUGCAGCACAAAAUGAUGCAGAAGGCUUCGGAAAUCUGGAACCUGAUCUCUCAGGGCGCCUAUGUUUACGUAUGUGGUGAUGCCAAAGGCAUGGCCAGAGACGUUCAUCGAACUCUCCACACCAUUGCAAUUGAGCAGGGAUCGCUCGACUCAUCCAAGGCAGAGAGCUUGGUGAAGAACCUGCAAAUGAAUGGUCGCUACCUGCGUGACGUGUGGUAAUCACUCAUUAACCAUGCGUUAUCGAGCCAAUCGUCGCUCGCUAAAUUAUUGAUUAAAAAAGGAAUAUGAAAAAAAGAUGGAGAAGGAAUGACUCCUGGAGAAGAAGUACAGGUUUUGCCAUUUGAUGCAAGAGAUCACUGAAUUGGUGAAGACGGCUAUAGAUAUUUGCAGAAUGCCUGCCUUCCUGCCUUCCCCAUCUACAUCUGUAAGUGGGCUGUUGUUACUUGUUACUGAUCGAUGUUGUAUCAUGAUAUAGUAUAGUAGACUGCAUUGUUCUUUUUUUUUCUUCUUCUUAUCUCUUGAUUUUUCACUACUGUGGAAGAUUUUUGCUGCUCUGCUUAUUCUUUUCUUUUUGUUUCUUUUUUUUGGAUGAUGGUAAUGUAAGUUAACGCACUCCAUGAUGGUUCAGAGUUCUCUAUUAAGCUCCACAUUUAGCAACAAUCCGAUAUGUACUCCAUUAUCGGUCACAAGGUUGGACAACAACUUCAUAAAGCUAAUAAGUAGAUGGCGUAAUCCAUAUAAGACAGUCCGGCACAUCACCCAAAUCCGACACGCGAACCAGAAGCUGAUCAUCGGAGUCGAGCUCGUACACAUCGCGCCCGUAAUAAACACAGUUCCUCCUGCACUCCGAACGAACAGGCACGCAAACGACGUUAUGCGCAUCCGCGAACAGAGCGUAAUCGCCUAUGCUUUCGACCUCAACCCAUCGGGAUGGGAUUAGGUGCUAACUCGGUUAGCACCGUGAUAACUAGCAAAAAUCACUAGCAGGCCAAAACCCUUCCAUCCGCGGUGCAAAAGACGUAGACCUUGUCCCUCCAAAGCACGGCUUUGUAGCGGCUGUGAGUGAACCUUUGAUCACCGCCCACAAAGGAGUCGAAAGCGACUAGCGUGCAUUCUUGAUGAUGCUACUGAUCAUCAUCAUCCUCAUCCCUGCCGCCGCUGCCGGUGAGCUUCCAUAACACUAAGCCGCUCUCGCCGCUUCCGUACGUGCUGGUCACUACAACGACGUCGCACGACCCUUCCGCGGGCUCGGCCGACAUUAGAAACCCGUUAAAGAUACGUUCUUCUUGGGUUAGGAACCUGCAUGAAAUCAAAAUCGUGGUUUAAA